AUGCAAUAUAUCAAGGAGCCGCUGCAUCGCUUCAAGAAGCAUUUGACCCUACAUGAGAUCUCUGGCAGUUUGGGUGAUCUAGGCACGCUGCUACCAAUUAUGAUGUCUCUGGCCAUCUCGGGCCAGAUCAACUUGACAAGUACACUCUGGUUUACAGGUAUAUGGAAUAUCCUGUCAGGCGUCAUGUUCCAAGUGCCUGUAUGUGUCCAACCGAUGAAAGCCAUCGCAGCUGUGGUCCUGACGAAAAACAUGUCCAUCCAAGAAAACAUGGCAGCUGGCCUCAGCGUUGCUACCUUUAUCACGUUUCUCGGCAUCACACGCACAGUACAUCUUGUUGGCACAUUUACUCCUCCUGCAAUCAUCAAGGGACUACAACUAGGCACUGCUGUACAAUUGAUCAUCAAGGCACACAAUUUGAUACCCAAGCUACAAUGGAAAAUAACGGCUGCGAAUUGGUCUGAUAACAAUACUUGGGUUCUCCUGAGCUUUCUCUUUGUAGUCGCUUGCUACAGAACAAAGGUCCCAUCUGCUUUGAUCUUGUUCUUGAUUGGCUUGAUCUUUGCUCUUGUACUCAUGUUUGCGGAAGGCAAGGAUGUGCCUCAUCCUAGCGUAGGAGGAGGUCAUUAUCCCGAUACCAUCAUUGUGCCCUCACCAGAAGAGUUUAAAAGCGGGUUCCUGAAUGCUGGUCUUGGUCAGUUGCCGCUCACUACACUAAACUCGGUCAUUGCACUAUGCGCCCUCAUCGAUGAGUUGUUCCCAGAUCAUCAUGCAAAGACGUCUCAAGUUGCUGUGAGCGUGGGAAUCAUGAAUUUGAUCGGAUGUUGGUUUGGCGCUAUGCCUGUGUGUCAUGGCUCUGGUGGUCUUGCUGGUCAAUACCGUUUUGGCGCUCGGUCCGAAGUAUCUGUCAUUCUUUUAGGUGCCUGCAAAUUAUUCUUGGGUAUUCUUUUUGGUGGAUCGCUCAUAGGAUUGCUGCAAGUGUUUCCAACAUCGAUUCUUGCUGUCAUGCUAUUCAUCUCAGGCAUUGAGCUGGGUUGUGCUGCUAGAUCUGUCAACAAUUUGACGGAUGAUGAGUAUAGAAAAAGAGAGAACUUUACUGUGAUGCUGCUGACAACUGGUUGCUUGGUAGCCUAUUCAAAUGAUGGUAUUGGCUUCUGUGCUGGUCUUGUUUCAGCUGCUUUGCUAUCUAUGCAGCGUUUAGGUUUAAAGGCGUGGUUCAAAAGCACACUCAAUGGGUUCAAGUCUGUACCACGAGUUUGGCGGGACCAAAACCUCGUAUCACCUGCCUUGCCUGUAAGUGCAUCACAAGAUGGCGAAGAGGAGAGGGUUUCCGUGCCUUCUACACCAAAUGGCACCUCCAAGUUGGCUCGUGCUUCAGAAUACCCCUAG